UGAUUUGAACAUUGGACACUUUGUAUAAUAAAUAAGAAAGUUUUACUAAUAUUAGUUUUUGUUAAUGCACAGAAAAAGAAUUUGAAAGAAAAAACACAAAAUGAUGAAAUAAAAAAGGAAAUGUUUGACAUAAGUAACAGUAAAGCUACUCAAAAACAGAAGACAAAGAAACGCAAAAUUGAAAGUAACAGCCUGCCUUUGAAGGCAAAGAAACGUAAAAAAUCGAAUGCAAAUAUCUGUGAAACUGGAAAAAAAGAACAAAAUGUAGACACUGAUGAAGCAGAUAUGUCUGCUUGGAAGGACUGUUUUGUACCUGAACCUGUCUUGAAGGCACUUUCAGAAUUAGGAUUUACUUAUCCUACUCCUAUUCAAGCUUUAACUCUUCCUUCAGCCAUCAGAGACAAACUGGACAUUUUAGGAGCUGCUGAAACUGGAAGUGGAAAAACUUUGGCCUUUGGUAUUCCAUUAAUUCAUUUUAUCCUGAAAGAUAAAAUGACGCAUUUACAAACAGAAAAUGGGAAUCAAUUGGGCAUAUUGGGAGAUACUUACGGUGCUAGUUCACCAGAUGUGAAGUGGUUCCAUUUUCUGAACACUGGGAGUUCAGUCAUGGGUUUGCACCUUGCCAGGAUGGGCUGGCCCAGAGUUUUCUGGAUUUCUCCACGUCUAUAA